AUGUCGACCUCUAUUGAAGAAAACUCUCCCGUCAAUGUAACACUGAAGGACUCCGACUACGGACGUAUCCUCAGAACGAUUGAGAAUAGCGCGUUCAACGAAGCGGCUAUCUUAACACCCGCAUACUCCCAAGUGAUCGACGACAUCCUUGGUGAGCUAGAUGCCAGACUUGCAGCAGGCACCUCCCUUGCCGUAUGCAUUAUAAGAACCACGAAGCUACUAGAAGAUGUAGCCAAUCGUGUUGACCUUGAUGAAGAGACGAAGAAACUCGCCGUCAUUCAUCUACAGAAACGGAUCCGCGGCCUCGCGCUCCAUCUACUCCCGCUUGACUUCCCCGACAUCGCGAACCAAGCUGUUAAAAUUGUAGAAACCAGAAAGGCCAAAGAAGAAGAAAUCCGUCCGGUACGCCCGCCUAGAAAACGAAAGGCUACCAUAGAUCGUACCCGCAUGACGCUAUGCAAGCGCUGCGGAGGAUACGGACAUCAUUGGAAAAAGUGUCCCGAUUAUGUUUGUUGCAUCUGCGAUGAACUCGGACCCAGCCAUUUGUCCAUAAAUUGUCCUGGACUCAACGGACGCAUUGUCCUACAAGAGUUUACAGAUGAAGAGAAGUUUUUCGAAGCUCUCUCAGAUUGGGAGCACAACCAUAAGGCGCUCACGGACCUAGAACUUCGGAAUCCCACCGAACUGUCCCUCGACCUUGAAACUCCCGCACCAUCCGUCUCCACGUCCACGAAACCGGCGCUGCCGUCCUUGACGAUGGAAGACGUCAAAGAAGCCCGCCUCAUGGACGCUAUCUCUGACUCAAUAGAUAAGCAGAUUAGAACCCAGCUUCAAGCUGAGCUUAGACACGAUAGAGUAGCCUUAUAUAAGAACUUCCUCUGUGUGAUCAUCCCAAUCACUCAGUCAAAGCCGCACCUUAAGGAAAGCCGACGCUACCUUAAGUGGAACCCCCGAACCUCUCAUUCGAGAGAAGAUCCCCGUCUCUCCAAUAGCGAGCCCGCUAUCAGAUUAGGCAAUCCGCCUAAGGAGAGCUCGAACUAUCCUACAGUACAUUGCCGCGAGGACACUCAUCUUCCUCAAGUCCCAGAUGUGUUUGAUCGUGAAUCUCGCCCUGUUCUGCCUACAAGCAGAGAUGAACCUGUCAGUGGUGGAAGACAACAGACUAGCCUGCCGUUCAAGGCGAAGAAACCUUUACGGGUUGACCCUACAUUCAUGCGCUGCAUGGAAGAGCGUCCCGCUGACUCUCGUAAUGAUGCAGACUUGGAGCUUGCGCCCUACCCAGGCCCUCGUCGUGAGGACAGAAAUUUUGUUGCCCCAAACCGCCGCCGUGAAUAUUCUCGUUCACCUCCUGUAUACCCUCAGCGAGAUCCAUCUCGCUCAAGGUACUAUCGGCCCACCUACAGGCAACGCGAGACUUCUCCUGUCGCGCUUAGCGAUGAUGAUUCUUAUCCUGGACGUCCUGCUCACUCACACCGGCAAAAUUAUGCUAAUGAUUUCAAUCAGAGGUUCCAAGUAAGGGGAGCUGGUGACUCUCAUUAUGAAGAUGGGCCUUCGCAGUUUCGCUACUAACAUGGGCAAGAAUUGUGCUGUCCACUCAUUCAACUUGACUUUGCUUGCCUUCGGUUGUUCAUAGUAGCGCCUCACGAUUUUGUACUUCGGGUACCUCUAGC